GCAGCUGCGCAGCAAUGGCCCCUCUUCCCGUGUAGGCUCUUUGGUCGUCCUAACGCUGUCAAAUAUCGCGGUAGCCGCCUCCCUAAUCACUACGUAAUGUGCCGUGCUGCUUCAAGCGGCGCUGGUGACAGUGCUGAAAGCUGUUGGGUAUGAAGUGAAACGGAACUGAAUUUUUGUACCAUCCGCAACUGCUUCAAGUUCAGAUCAUAACAAAGAAACCGAAGAUCAACCUCCCAAGACAAGCAAAGUUGCAACACCGAAGACACACGGAAAAAAAGGAUCACUUCAACGGUUUAAAACACAAGAAGUAACCAAAUCCUGAAACGACCAAAGAAGACACACAUCAGCCCAAUUGAAACACAGAAGAGAAGCAAUCCUAUGCCCAAGCAUAUUCUGAGAAGACAAUAACUGAUCUGAAACCAGAAGUUUGUGCCUACUCAACAGCUUUGACAAAGCACACGUCCCAACGCUGCUCCUAGCCCUCCUCAUCCUCACCACACCACCGACUCACCGGGGUGUGGAGUGGGCUGCUAUCUGCUAGUUUUUUUUUUUCUCUUCCCCAUAGUUCCUCCCAUCUUCCCUCCCUCUACUCUCACACUGUUUUCAUUAUAAUUGUUUUCUAAGCAGUGUUAUUGCACCUGCGUUUGCCUUUUUCUUUUUUGAGCUAGAUUUCUCCCCCUUUUUGCUUUAUGCAACCAUCUAGAACUUGUGCCAGAAACCUGUAACAAGUGUGUGUGUGUGUGUGUGCGCGUGUGUGUUCAACUGUGUGCGUGAAGAGAUCUGCAGGAACUGCAUAGUCACUGAGAUCCUAAGAAUUACAAGAUUCAAGACGACAAAUAAAGACAUCCAGCGGUGUAUCAUUUGGGUGGUUACAUAAAAAUAGUACUUAACAGUCAAGCAAAAACAUUCAAACAAGUAAUCAAGUUCAGCAAGUGCUCGAGCAACUUUGGUCCGAGUUUAUGGGAAAAUAUGGGCAGCCCCUGGAAAGGCUUUGUUGAGUUUACCUUGCCUGCGUCGCCACCCACCGCGUUUGUUAGCGCUGACCUGAGCAGCACCUCCCCUGUCGGACUCAGCCUGUCGCCAUAUGGCCGAUCCCAUAUCAAAGUCCUACCCUCAGUGUCAGAAAUGGAACGAGGCUCUUCUGAACCUCCAGUGGCUCGCAACACUGGCUCUGCCCCAUCUACCUCUACCGGUCCCAUGCCUAUCCCUCGCUCCUCUUCUGUCUCUUGCCAUCCCCACCCAGGAAGUAAAAAACACAAGCGGACUCCGUUGUAUCAGAGAUCAAUGAGUUUUGACCCAGGCAUGCUCCAUAACAAUGGACACACUGCAUACGCCACAAACGGCACAGGGCCUGGCAUUAGAGAGACUGGUGUAGUGGAGAAACUCCUGACUUCUUACGGGUUCAUCCAGUGCUCCGAACGUCAGGCUCGUCUCUUCUUCCACUGUUCCCAGUACAAUGGCAACCUGCAGGAGCUUAAAAUAGGGGAUGAUGUAGAGUUUGAGGUAUCCUCUGACAGGCGCACUGGCAAGCCCAUAGCAGUGAAGCUGCUAAAGAUAAAGCCAGAGGUGCUGCCAGAGGAGCGCAUCUCGGGCCAGGUGGGGCCAGACCUGCACGCCUAUCCCUUUACUGUGCUGCAUGGUUAUAUUCAUCCAGUUGUCUCAGCAAUCCCGGUGCACUUGGAUGGAAAGUCUGCUCCUGGCCAGGUGCCCACUGGCAGUGUUUGUUACGAAAGAAACGGGGAAGUGUUCUACCUUACCUACACUCCUGACGACGUAGAGGGUAAUAUCCACCUGGACACAGGCGACAAAGUCAGCUUUUACAUGGAGACCAACAAGCAUACCGGUGCAGUCAGCGCUCGUAAUAUACAACUUGUGAAGAAAAAGCAAAUGAGAUGCCAGGGUGUGGUGUGUGCUACAAAGGAGGCGUUUGGAUUCAUUGAGAGAGCCGAUGUGGUGAAGGAGAUCUUCUUUCACUACAGCGAGUUCAAGGGUGAUCUGGAGGCUCUGCAGGCUGGAGAUGACGUUGAGUUCACCAUCAAGGACAGAAAUGGUAAAGAAGUAGCCACAGAUGUAAGGCUGCUCCCCCAAGGAACGGUCAUCUUUGAGGAUAUCAGCAUUGAGCAGUUCGAAGGCACUGUCGUCAAGGUCAUUCCCAAGGUUCCCACCAAAAACCAGAACGACCCUCUACCAGGUCGAAUCAGUGCCCGGAUCGGUUUCACUGAUAAAGAACUGCCGUUUGGCGAAAAGGACACAAAGUCCAAGGUGACCCUUUUGGAGGGAGAUCACAUACAGUUCAACAUCUCCACCGACCGCCGAGACAAGCUGGAGAGGUCUACCAACAUCGACAUCCUCCCAGACACCUUCAACUUCACCAAGGAGACCCGUGAAAUGGGGGUGAUUGCGGCUAUACGUGAUGGCUUUGGCUUCAUUAAGUGUGUGGAUCGGGAUGCCAGGAUGUUCUUUCAUUUCAGUGAAGUUCUAGAGGAGAGCCAACUGCACAUCUCCGAUGAAGUGGAGUUCACUGUUGUGCCUGUAGGUCCUGUUUAUAAGCUUUUCACAAAAGAUAUGCUGUCUGCUCAGAGGAACCAUGCAGUGCGCAUCAAGAAGCUGCCCAAAGGCACAGUGUCCUUCCAUACCCAGUCUGAGCAGCGCUUUGUGGGUGUGGUGGAAAAGGAAGUUGUGGCAACCCCCAACAAGAAUACUAGUCCCACCAAGACCAAGGAGAAGAAAAAAGACAAGGGUAAAGUUGUAGAAAAGGAAGCUGAGGAAGGAGUUAUUGCAUAUGAAGACUGCGGAGUGAAGCUCACUGUACCAUACCAUACCAAGGACCUGGAGGGAGGAGGUUACCCACAAGUCGGAGACAAGGUGGAGUUCUCUAUCAACGAAGUGAAGCGAACUGGCCAGCAGAGCGCAGUCUCCAUCAGGGUCCUCAACCGUAACGCCUCCAAUGCCAAGAGACUGCAUGGAUUUGUUGCCACACUGAAGGACAACUUUGGCUUCAUUGAGACAGCAAAUCAUGACCAGGAGAUUUUCUUCCACUACAGUGAAAUGUGUGGAGACUUGGAGAACUUGGAGCUGGGCGACACUGUGGAGUACACUCUCUCUAAGGGAAAAGGAAACAAAGUUAGUGCUGAAAAGGUUACUAAAGUGGCUGCAGUGAAUGGCUUUGUUGAGGAUGUUGGUGCGACAUUGAUGAUGGGGAAAGUCAUCCGUCCCUUACGCAGUGUGGAUCCCUCCCAAACGGAAUACCAAGGGCUUAUUGAAGUCACAGAGGAAGGUGGAACUAAAGGCCAGAACUAUCCCUUUGGAAUCAUGGGUAUGGCAAACAAGGCAGAUUGUCUGCAGAAAGGAGAACUUGUGAAGUUCCAGGUUUGCACAGUUGCUCAAACUGGACAGAAGAUGGCCUGUAAUGUGGUCCCUCAACGCAGAGCCAUGGUGGAGUGUGUCAAAGACCAGUUUGGCUUCAUCACAUAUGAAGUUGGUGAGAGCAAGAAGCUGUUCUUCCAUGUAAAAGAAGUGCAAGAUGGCCUGGAGCUCCAGACCGGGGAUGAGGUGGAGUUCUCUGUUGUCCUCAAUCAACGCACAGGAAAAUGUAGUGCCUGUAAUGUACGCAGGGUCAGUGAGGGGCCUAAACCGGUGGUGACUCCGCGUCCUGAUCGUCUGGUGAACCGAUUGAAGAGCAUCACUCUUGAUGACGCCAGUGCUCCUCGCCUGGUCAUUGUAAGACAGCCCCGUGGUCCUGACAAUUCAAAGGGCUUCAAUGUUGAGCGCAAGACCCGCCAGCCAGGUGUCAUUGACUGAGCAAUACAGAGCCCGCCCUGUUUGGUGUUGGUGGGAUGCUGUCCCAAAGGGCAACAGCAGGGGAUAAGGGAAUUAAAUUUAACACAUGCUUGUACACAAACUCAUACACAGAACAUACGCACACAUACAGUAAUCGGCAUGUGUAAUCUUUGUCCCAUUGAUACCUGCGUGGGAACUUUUUUCAUUCCACAGUUCCCUGCCUCCCAUGUAUGAUGUACUUGAUAAAGAGUUCCACACAGCGGUGUACGUGGGAUCUGAGUGCGUGUGUGUGCGUGUGUGAUGUAUCCUAGGAGUCAUCAUAGUGUGUGUAACUGAGAUAUUUGUUUCUGAGGGUCUUGUACCUCUAAAUCAGAGUGAUGACUGUGUGGCUGUCUAUGUCCUUAUCUUUUGAAUCUGCUUUGUCUGGAAUUCUGCACCUGUAAUCUGUCCAGUAGUUUUGCCUGGGUGAAUGAGUGUGAUUGUUGGCAUGUCUUUUGAGCAUCUGCUCCUUUUUUUUUUUUUUUUUCUCAUAUUUUUUUGCUCCUUUACCCAUGGAAACUUAAAAUGCAUUCAUUGUAAAGUUUCCACUACUGUAUGCUUUCCUACAAGACGCAUAAAGCAAAGCAAAGUUCCCUCCAUAAGGAGGAUCAUAUUUCUCAUAUGUGCGAGCUUAAACUGAGGAUUCUUCUCUGCUCGGUUUUUUGAGCAGUUUUUAAAAUGCUUUAUUGAAGAGCUGAAGUGAAAGCAUGGUGUGUGUAUGAUGUACGUGAAUGUCAAAGUAGUUAAUCUAAUGGGAUUUACUUUUACCAAUCUGGAGCCUUUUAGAUACCUUUUUGGUAUUCACAUGCUCCACUUAAGCAAUUUUUCCCAGGUGCAGAAUUCCU